CUGCUGCCCUCUCCCGCCAGGCCGCUCAGCUCCGCCGCCUCUGCCAGCGCGGUUGCUUUCUCCACCCGCUGGAGACAUCGCACGCUUUUCCAAAGGUUGGGGUGCGGCCACCUGGCCGGAAGGGGCUCGUCCGGGGUUCGAGCUGCUUCUCUCGGAGGGCGGCCGCGGCGGGGCUGCAGAGGAGGGAGCCGGGCCCGAGACGCUGCUCGGUUGUUGCUACAGGUCUGAACGCAUCCAAGAAUGUCCUGGCCCUUGCUGAACCUGGCUUCCUUCUCCUGGCUGAACCCAUAAAGACUUUUUCCUGGCACUGGCCAAAUUGGCAUUUAUUUUCUGAAGACGGAUGAUGGCAACCGGCAAGCAGGGGAAGAGGCAGGAUGAGGGCAGCCUGGGCAGCCUGCUGGACUUGCUGCUGGCUAACGCCAGGGUGGUCCUGGGGGUCAGUGGAGCGGCUGUGUUGGCACUCGCAACGCUGGCCGUCAAGAGGUUCAUUGACCGAGCCACCAGCCCCCCAGAUGAUGACGACGACAUAAAAGCCAAGCAGAAGUCCCUUGAGGAAAGCUGGCAAGAGCUAAGCCUGAUCAAGGGGGUGCCCAAGGUGCGCCGACAAGAUCUCGAGGAGCCACUUUUAUCUCCGGUCGUAGCUGUACCUGCGCAAGACUCUAAAGAUCUUAUCCUGUCUUCGGCGGUCUCUUUGGGGCAGUCAAAAUCCCUGCUCUGCCUCACGCUUCAGGAGAAGCUUCUCUCAUUCUACAGAGAUCAUGUCUCUGUUUCUGAGACCAAAAAGGCUGUUGGGAAGCAGCUCGCAGAAGACAUCCGUGUGGAGCUGCAGAACUUCCUGAAAAACAAAUCUUUGGAUCUGCCCUUUGGGAAUAUUUUCCUUAGCGGCUACCUUUGUGAUGACCUUGUUGGCUGCAACCGCCUUGAGGUGGUCUUCAUGCUUCCCUUAGUCCUAGAAGAUAAUCUUUGGCACCUGAUCCCUGGUGAAGAGACGCUCAUGGAUAACUCAUGGUAUGGGAUGAUCAAACGAAGUGGCCUAGAGUAUUUCACGCGAGGAAGUAGCCCUUGCGACAAGUUCAUUGUAGGUGGAUAUCUAUCAUCCAAUACCAUCAAUGAUGCCCUCCAUAAGAUAUUGGUGGCCUCUAUCAACUGGCCAGUCAUUGGCAGCAUGUUGGAAUGCAUCAUCCGGCCUGCAAUGGCUCCCAGGGAGCUCAAGCUGGAAGUCAAACACGAACAGGUCCUUCUGGACAUAACCCUCUGCCCCAUGGUAGAAGCAGAAGGCAAGAUUCUUCUUGCCACAUCUUUUGAAGAACCUGUGGAGAACCUCUGGCAGCAGAGUUUUUAUGCACUGGAGGUUUCCAAGCUGAAAGAUCUGGAUGCUGGAGAUUCUGGUGUUCGGCAAUGUUGUCUCAGCAUCUUGAAGGCCACCUUUGAAAAUCAUCCUUUCUGGAGCAAAUUAACUGGCAGUCACUUGACUCAUGUUAUCCUCCACCUGAGCAAAACUGAGCUGGACUGGUCAGAGGGGAUGCUGGCGGUGAGGCUCCAGCAAGUGUUGGAAGAGCUGGUCCAGUACUUGGCCAGAGGUUCUCUCCCUUGCUUUUUUGAUGACAAGAUCAACCUCUUCAGCCAUCUGCUCUUGGAGGAGAUUGAUGAGAUUGGCUGUACAUUGUAUGAGGCUUUGGCAGCACCAGAUCUUGCGGAUGGACUGGGUUUAUAAAGAGAGAUCCCGCUGGAGAGAAUACUUGUUCCCUUUGGGAUGGAGAAGACUUGAAAGGGUCCCAUUAACCCCAAUUGCAAUUCUUUGCACCUAAUGAAAUGAAAAGUAUUAGCUCUUGAAGUAAAAUGGCCCUUGAUUGUAAGGCCUUCUGUUAUUGCUGUCUUACCGGAUUCUUUUGCCAUCCCGAGCUGAUGUUCUUCCCCGGUGAUUGCGUUCCUUGUUUCUUCAUAGGACGAGAUGGCAGGGUUGGGAUGACAGAGGGAGAAGCCGCACACGUAGCUAGAUCCCCCUUCCCUUCUCUUGGAUUUCCCCAUUGCUAGGGUUCUAGUGCUGAAAUCUUGUGGAUCUGCAAAUCUAAUGCCCUACCCAGUGCUCUGAGCUGUUGAGACAUAUCUGCUUUGCUGCCCAAUUGGAAAAGAUACUUUGAUAUCUCAUGUCCAUUCUGAGCACCCAGAAACUCGUUAGCAUUUACCGUGAAAAUAUUCAUAGGCUUUUGGGUGCUCAAGGGGAAGGGUUCCACCACGUUGAUGUUGGAAGUUAGGCCAUUCAAUAACUUCAGCAGCCUGCUGCAGCUCUUCUCACUGUGGUAGACUGGGGAGUCCUGCCCGCCAGCCUUUGCCUCCCUCCACGUGUUUCUCAAGUUGUAAGCCUUAAGUGAGCAGGAACCUUGCCUUGCUUUGAUUCUCAACCAGGCAAAAAGAGACCCCAUUUUCAGAAGUGAGCUCUGCCAGUUGUGGAGGGAUGCAAACAGGGAGCCUGUCCCUCAGGCCAUGGGAGGGGCAGACCAGAGGGGCUAUUUGCAGUGGCUUUUGGGCAGACUGGAGCUGCUCUGGUGAUUUGGAGCAACUUUUGGGGAGGGGUUUAAAAUCAAGGGGUCUAGGAACUCUGCCAGUUAAGGAAGGGUAAACUUUCCUGGUUGGACAGCAUCCUGAUCUUCGUGGGGGGAUUCCUUUGUCUACCUUACUGGUGUGCAGUUGAGCCAGUUAUAUGAGUGGGUGGUACUCAAAAGGUAAUCCAGGGCCGAAGAGGAGAAUGGGGGGAGUCGAAAGUUUGGGACCUGGUGAAUGAGGUGAUCUGUAUCUGCCAUCCCAGACCAUUUCUCAGCCUCUGAGUUACCAAUCCUAAGGAACUUGUUAAUUGUGCCGUGCUGCAGGGUAGCUGGUGAGGAAUGGCUGUUUGGGGUUGCGAACGGGAAGGCCCCGUUCCUCGGCGUUUACAACUGAAAGAACAGAUCCCUUCCUUCAACAGGAAGCAGCAUCUACUUAUUGUGGUGACUUUGCCUGCGUGUCGUGGGGCUGCCUGAUCUGGGCUACAGAAACACAGAUGGCCCUUUGUUGGUGACAAUUACGUCAGUUUUCUGGAUUUCUCUGCUGCCAUGCACUGGUCAUCUGGAUUUUAGCAGUGCAGAUCUGUGUUACUCAGCUGACAAUUCCAUUCCUCCCUCCCUCCCUUUUUUUAAUUCAGCUAGAACAGAUAGACAUUCUACAGCAGAUAAUUCUGUAGUGUUUUCCUGUAUACUAUCUUUUUGCAUUGGCAAAGUUAUUCCAAGGUACUUUGUGGCUUCAGCCACCGGACAGCAGAAAUCAGUCAUUAUUGUGGUAUAGAGUUUUACUUUUAAAAGUGGCCAGUUACAAUGAGAUUACUCCCAAAGGGGGUGGGGGUUGAGGUGAAGUCACAGCAGAUACAGACAUCAGGGGAGCAGAACUUUCAGGAAAUGAGCCAUUUCACACAAACGAUUUGAAUUUCUGCAGUUCUGCUAAGUACAUGACUUGUGAA